CUAUAUAUAGUCCUGGGCUCCUCAGGCUCCUGAGUUCAGUGACUAACUGCUCACCCUUCACUAAAGCUGAAAACUCAAAGCAAAAUAAACCAUGAGGCUGUUCCUGAGUGUCCUGCUGGUCACUCUGGCUCUUUGCUGCUAUGAGGCCAAUGCGUUGGCCUGUCCAGCCUUUGUUACAGAUACCUCAGGCUUUCUCCUGAAACCUACACAUCUCUACAAGCUAUCGCUUGAAAAAUAUAAAGCACCUCCAGAAGUCAUUGAGGCCGUUUUGGAUGUGAAGAGUUGCACAGAUAACAUCUCCAAACCCAGAAAAUUGAUACUUACAGAAAUACUGCGGCAGUAUGAAUAA